AUGAAAUCCAUAAGGAGUCGGUCGAUGCAACCGGACUGGAUCGCAGAGCUGUGCCAGGAGUCCUCUAUCCACGGCAUGCCCUACAUCGUACGCAAAAAUCUCCACUGGACCGAGCGCCUCUUUUGGACAUUUAUAAUCCUGGGCUCGGCUUACUACGGCAUCAGCAGCUGCCUUAACCAGUGGUACCGGUUCCGGGACAACCCACUUGUCUACGAGUACGAAUACCUCUUUGGGCUUCGCAAUUUCUCCCACGUGGGGAUAACACUGUGCCCCAGAUAUCACGAUGAGGCGGAGAUCCCAAGGCUUAUAAAUCAAACUUGGGGAGUGGAUCCCAGCAAAGACAAGGAAAAAGCAGACUACUAUAGGAAGUUUCUGCUUACCAUCAACGGUCUUCAGUACUCCACACUGGAAACGCUAAUACCCUUCGAGAAUGAUUCCAGUUUGGACAAUGUAAAUUACUUGAACAUUUUGCUGGAGCUGCAAAGAAAGAUUAUAGCAGUUGACAUCCCUGUUGUCCUGGCGCCAAUCAUUACUGAGGUGGGUUUGUGCCAAACAUCUAGCCAGUUAACCCGGUACGGAAAUCCCUUCGGCAAUCUAAAAACUAUGGAUGUGGACCCGAUGAAACAGUGCGGCUUUUUCAGUGAUUGCAUCACAUCUUUAAAGCCUUUUAAUAGCAUUAUGGCCCACCUGGUUCUGUACCUUCAUGAUGUCAACGAAAUGAUGCUACCUGACGACCUGCGAACACUCGUUUUUGAUGCUAAAAUUGCAAGCUCCAAUGUUCUCGAUGUUAUGCUACAUCCCACAUCGGCGGAAAGUGAGGUGCGAAAUCUACCGGUGGCAUAUCGCAAAUGUCGCUAUAGCAACGAAAACAAUCUUCAGUAUUACAAUCCCUAUCACCCAAGUCUUUGCAGACUGGAGUGCCGAAUCAAAUGGGCCCUCAGCCUAUGCAACUGUAAGCCCUAUUUCUACGUAGCAGCUCCCAAAGCUCCGGUCUGCAAAGUAUCUGGAAUGGUCUGCCUAGCCCGCUCCAAGUGGCUUGAAAGACCCUGCGAUUGCUUUCCGUCGUGCCGGGAGGGUACUUUUAACAUCUUCGAAGUUAAUCAGCAAGGUGGGGGCGAUGUGAACUACACUGGCGAGAAGUUCGAGCGGACGCUGAUCAUCAAGCUGCACAUUGCUAAGAUGGGUAUGAAUCGCAGGGUUGUAUUCAGCACGGAUCAGUUGAUUAUGUCCUUUGGUGGAGCCAUUGGCCUCUUUCUCGGAGCCAGUUUCAUGACUAUAUACGGCCUAGUGUACCUUUUUCUCACUUUUCUAGCUUAUAAAUGCAAACACAGAUUUUUUGCCAAUUGA